AUGGGAGAACUGGUUAAAUUAGAAGUUAAAAAUAUAGAGAUAGAUUUUAUCUAUUUAUACAAUUAUAUAAAAGUACUAUUUAUUGGUGUAUUAUGCUCGAAUAACGAGAAUAUACCACUCGAAACUGAUAAAGACAAUAUUCAUAAUUGCAUAAGGACUUUUGUUAUUAAUGGUGAUGAUAGCCAUGAAGAAAUUGAAAAAAAAUGGACAGCCAUACCUCCUACUAAGUAUUAUAAUGCAUAUAAUUCAGUUUAUGUUGGUAGUAUAAUAGUAGUUGCAUUCUACUUAUUAUCACUUAAAUCAUUACAUACGAUUGAAGAAAAAUCAGCCCAUGCAUUAAGUAAUUUAAUACCCACAAAUAUACACCCAUUCCUUCAUGAAUAUGUAUUAAGUGGUAAUUUCCUUUAUACACUACUCCGGAUUAUUUCUGGUAGUUAUAUUAUUAUAGGAUUAAUGGAGUCAGUAUAUUGGAUAUUUAUAAAAUCUAAAAAUAUUCUCUUAAAUAUAAUAAGUAUUAUAGUAUUCGGGUUAUUCGCUGUGGCAUGUGGAAAAAUAGGUUAUUCAGUUAUUAUGUGGAUAGUUUCUUUAAUCUUAAGAUUAGUUGAAGAUUAUUCUAUUAUAUCAAAUAUAAUAGUAUACGGAUAUUUAUUUUUCAGAACAAUUGUAUUAUACAAUAAUAUAUAUAUGGUUUAUAAGAAAAGGCAUUCAAAUAGACACAUUAGCGAAUACAUUGCUUCUAUAGUAUAUAUUAUUUUAUUAAUAAUGAGUAUUGCUGCUGUUAUAUACACAUAUAGUGAUAAUAUUUUUGAAAUAAUUGAAUAUGUUGUAUACUGUGACUAG